CGUGCGGAACAAGAACCCCCCCUCCCCAUCCACCUUUCCCCUUUCAUUCCUCCAUUUUUCGCAUACAAAUCUGAUUUGAUUCAACUCAAGAGUCGUUCUCUACUACCCUACUGCUAUGGCUUCCUCUCUACCUGCGCCUCUCUCUUUGCCGCGCCCACGCACACGCGCCGCUCCACGCGCCUUUUUGUCUCAAUCUCCUUCUCACCGCCACCUCAGUCGAUCUACCGGAGGACUCUCAUUUCCCUUCCGUUUCCGCACCCUGAAGUUGCGUAGGGUUCCUUCUGCUCCUCAUCCUCUCCCUCUCAAGGUUCUCUGCGCGCGCUAUUCCAGAGAUUUAGUUACCAAAGAAUCAUGGGAAAAGUCAAUUCUGAACAGCACAACCCCUGUCCUCGUUGAAUUUUUUGCAAGUUGGUGCGGCCCCUGCAGGAUGGUCCACAGGGUGAUCGAUGAGAUUUCAGCCGAUUAUGCGGGGAGACUAAAAUGCUUUGUGCUCAACACCGAUAAUGACUCGCAGAUUGCCGAGGACUAUGAAAUUAAGGCGGUACCUGUGGUUUUGCUGUUUAAGGAUGGGGUGAAACGUGAUGCCGUUGUAGGUACCAUGCCAAAGGAGUUUUAUGUGGCUGCCAUUGAGAAGGUCCUGGAACUACCCUUGAAGUAAAGUUGAUUGAUUUUCCCUCAUCUACAAACAUUUAUAAUGGUUUGAAUCUUCCAUUGGAUGUGUGUUAGAUUGCUUACUGCUUACUGGAUACCAGCAUAUGUAGGUGCUGGACUUUAGGAAUGAGUAGUUCAUCAAGCCAUUAUCAUGAUGUUCUUCUUCUCUUCAUCAAUUUUUUGGUCGAAGAAUUGGCUUGAACUAUGGAGACUAUAUGUUUUGUAGAUAUAUCUUGAUUCUUCCUUUCAAUUUUGUAAAUCUGAACAUGAUUGGUCUUUAAUGCAAGAUGAGUUUUGAUUCGGGACCAUUCUUGAUAA